AGGAGGAGGAGGAGGGGGAGAGCGGAGGGAGGUGUUUCUGUCAGUUCCGGCUGUUUGUUCGGGAAGUGGAUCCGCCGCUGCUGAAGCAGCCCGGAGGGAGCUGCGGAUCGCGAGGCCAGCACCGACCCCGCCCGCCCGCGCGCUCCUCCCCCGCCCGCCAUGGCCCGGGACUACGACCACCUCUUCAAGCUGCUCAUCAUCGGCGACAGCGGUGUGGGCAAGAGCAGUUUACUGUUACGUUUUGCAGACAACACUUUCUCAGGCAGCUACAUCACCACAAUCGGAGUGGAUUUCAAGAUUCGGACUGUGGAGAUCAAUGGGGAGAAAGUGAAGCUGCAGAUCUGGGACACGGCCGGGCAGGAACGCUUCCGCACCAUCACCUCCACGUAUUAUCGGGGGACCCACGGGGUCAUCGUGGUUUAUGAUGUCACCAGUGCUGAGUCCUUUGUCAACGUCAAGCGGUGGCUUCAUGAAAUCAACCAAAACUGUGAUGACGUGUGCCGGAUAUUAGUGGGGAAUAAGAACGACGACCCUGAGCGGAAGGUGGUGGAAACAGAAGAUGCCUACAAAUUCGCGGGGCAGAUGGGGAUCCAGUUGUUUGAGACCAGCGCUAAGGAGAACGUCAAUGUGGAAGAGAUGUUCAACUGCAUCACAGAACUGGUCCUCCGAGCAAAGAAGGACAACUUAGCGAAACAGCAGCAGCAACAACAGAACGACGUGGUGAAGCUCACGAAGAACAGUAAACGAAAGAAACGCUGCUGCUAAUAGCCCACCCAGCCCACUGCAGAGACUGCGCUGCAGCCGCUCCCCGGCCCGAGGCCCGCAGGGCUCCUCGGGGACAGUCUCAGUUUCGUGCCGUUAUUUAAAGAAUUCUCUCCACGUUUUUGUAUUGGGAGGCGCCAUUGGCACUUCCUCCCCUCCCCCCCUUGAGUGCCAAGAAGGUGUUGGACGACCUGCCCUUCCCUUCUGGUGCCCCUACCCCCCCCCCCCCCCCCCCCCCCUCCAGCCAAGGCACCUGGGCCUGGAGAGGACGCUGCCAGCUGAGCGGACUGAUUAACCAGAGUUUGUACAUAAUGUAUAUUGCUUUAACCAGCCGCAUCACCCUCGUCCUGCUCUGGCUUUUGCCUCCUUAAUGCCAGCCUGCUGCAAUAGACCCUCCCCUCCCCUUCCCAUACCAUCUACUGCCAGCCACCUCCCGAGGAGACAAGAUCGAGAUCUAGCCACAUCUUUUGCCAACCUGGGCUGGUGGAGUGGGCCUUCCAUGUUACUUGUUCUCGCCUACAGGCCACUGGCUUCUGCCUCCGGCACGUAGGGUCUCCCCUCUUUCCGGGGCCUGUGCCGAGUCUCUUCCCAAGCCAGCUCCCUUCCCUCCCCACCCCUCCCCACCCCUCCCCCAUAACCAUCCAGGCAGGCAGCUGGGGCAAAGCCCGGCCUCAAGGUAGGCCUGAGGGUUCCCAUUAGAGGCCUAGCCUUUUGGUUUGCAGAAAGAGUUGCUCCUGCCUUUUGGUCACCAGGUCUCUUGUCCUGCCUUCUAGAUGCCUCUGAAUUACAAACCCAGGGGAGCCAUGGCUUUUCAUUUUUACCAACCUGUUUCAGUUCCAACAGAAAGGUAGGGGUGUGUUUGUGCAGGGAUGGGGCUUGCAGAGGUGCUGAGGAGCAUUAUUUUACAGAUAAAAUGAAGGCAAAUCAAAUGGGUUAAGUUCCUCACACUUUCUCCUCCUGAGGUUUGGUUGGCACAGCAGCAAAAAUUGUGGCCUCCGCGCUUCGGGUCUGGUGGUUUUGGAAGAGCUGAAUGGCUUCCUGGCGCUGAAGCUGGCUCCUGGCAGAGCAGCUUUGCCUCCCGGGCUGUUCUUGGUGGGAAAGGAGACCGCACCUCCCACCCCGUCUGUCGGCCUAGGGCUUUCCACUGACUUCCUGGGUCUCCGUUGUGGCACCAGGCACCUUCGAAUCUGAGGAGUGGGUGCCAGGGGCUGCUGGACUGUGGGGACAUCGCCUCGGAGGUGGACGGCAGGCAGCCUUGGAGCAGUGACAGAACUGUUUUAAUACAAAGGCGGCAUGAGGAUUUCUUAGCGGGUGGGAAGGAAUGGCAGCCGGGGCUGGGAGCCAGCCAGCUUUGAUCCUGGUCCCCUGGAGGAAAAAGCCAGGGUCAUCUGCACUUGAUUACUGUCCCUCGUGGGACACUUCAUCAUUCACCUUUCCCCUAAAAGGAUCACGUAACCUGGGAAUAAUUUAUUUCAACACCAUGAUGUGUUUUGUUGGAUUUCCUUUCCUAGGCGAUUUUCCAGGCAAAGCCCUGACUGGACAAUCACAUCACACUGCAGAUUUUCCGUGUUAACACUGUCGAUGGGUUUUUAAUCAAUAAAAACGGGGGGUUUCUUCUGACCUGUCCCUCCACUUCCCCAGACUGCCAAAAGCCUGUGCUUGCAUGGCCAGGCCCUCGCUGGAGCCGCCUGCAGAGGUGGGGGAGCCCUGGGCCUGGGGGAGCCAUGCUGUGCAGCGUGGCCACCCUGAAUGACCACAGUCCUGUGGGGGGGGUUGGGGGGUGGGCAGCACUCAACGUGACAUCAGUGUGGCAGUGCUUGCAGAUUCAAGCAAUAAGGGCAAGGGGUCCUGGAUGUUUCCAGCCCAGGCAAGAAGGCACCGUGGCUCUGGCAACUGGCUGUCCAGACCCAGGUGGUGGGGUGAUUUUGGUGACGACGGUGUGCCUGUCCCACUGAGUGUUGCACGCAUGAAUGGGGGGUGGGGGUGGGGGAUUCACAGGGCUAGACCGACGUCCUGGUAGACCUGAUGUGAAAUACCUGUCGAACAAAACUUUUAAAUGGUUUGCUAGGAUUAUUUCUGUAUUGAAAGUUUCUAAUUAUGCUUUUUAAAAAAAUACUAAAAAUAAAGGUUCAAGCUGCCAA